CCGGCUUUACAGUUAUUUUUACAUUCUCUCCUGGUUUCUAUACUAAGCCGACUGCAGUACCGCCGGAACAAGUUCAAGGUUGUCAUUGUUUUUUAUGCUCUCUACGCGUUUUUUCAGAGGUUUCGCUCAAAAAAGUUUUUUAGUGGUACCAUCAGUCAGUUUUAGAAAAUUCAUUAAUUUUUCAAAGAUGAGUAACAGUAAGGUCCCCACGAUCGAUUUGGUUACUAGCAAAGGCCCCUUACCCAUGCCCAUUUUGGGGUAUGGUACCUGGCAGGCAACAGAUGCAGAACUAGAAGCAGCAGUUGAAGCUGCCCUCGAAGCUGGUUACAGACACAUAGACACAGCUUACGUUUACGAAAAUGAGAAAGUAAUCGGUACCGUGGUUAAGCGAUGGAUCGACUCUGGAAAGCUAACCAGGGAUGAUUUGUUUUUGGUUACCAAAGUGCCCCCGGGGGGUAACAGACCCGAAGGCGUCUCCAAAUACAUUAAGAAAUCCCUGGAGUUCCUACAGGUGGAUUAUGUGGACUUGUACCUGGUGCAUGUGCCUUUUGGUUUUAAAGAUGUCGAAGACAACUUGCAUCCUUUUAAGGAAGAUGGGACUAUCGAUAUGGAUGUGAAUACCGAUCACAUUGCCAUAUGGAAGGCAAUGGAGGAGCAGGUGGAUAAAGGCCUUGCAAAAUCCAUAGGCAUAUCGAACUUCAACCGCGCCCAAGUGUCAAGAAUCUUAAAAAACGCGAGGAUCCGCCCCUCUUCCCUCCAAAUCGAGCUACACGCCUAUCAUCAGCAAAAUGAGCUGGUCGAUUUUUGCAAGAAAAACGACAUAGUAGUCACCGCUUAUUCCCCGCUAGGAAAUCCCGGAUUGGCCACUUUUUUAACUCAAUUUGGCCAACAUGUGAAGUUACCAAACAUCAUGGAGAACCCCAUAGUGAACGAGCUGGCCAAGAAACAUAAUAAGACACCAGCCCAGAUCUUGCUUAGGCAUAUCGUGCAACGUGGCAUCUGUGCCAUACCGAAAUCCACCAAUCCGAAGCGGCUGAGGCAAAAUAUCGAUAUUUUUGAUUUUUCCUUGGAUCAGGAAGAUAUGGAAGCUAUGAACGGGUUGGAUCAGGGGGUGCGAUUGUUGGAUUUCUCUGUAUUUAAAGGAAUCCAGGCGCAUCCAGAAUAUCCCUUUCCUGAGAUGAAGAAGUAAUGCGGUUAUUGCAAUAUACUUAUAAUAUUAUUAUCACCCUUGCCGUUUAAAGUUGGAACCACUAUUUACAGUUGCUGAUCUAGAAGUUCAGGGGGAUUUCCCGUAAAUCCCCCCCGCUGCUAUUUAGUACAAUAAAUAUAUAUGCUGUUAUAAUCGUUAAUAAAUAGUUUAAUAAGGUUCACAAA